AUGGACCAAUCUACUGAAACCACCAACACCUCUGGUCCCGGAAAGUCCACAACCACUCUAAACGGCGGCCAGUCCGUAUCCAAGAGACUCCAAACCGAGCUAAUGCAACUCAUGAUGUCCACAACCCCCGGAAUCUCAGCCUUCCCCACCGAUGGCAACCUCCAACACUGGACAGGGACCAUAAACGGCCCCGAAGGAACUCCAUACGAAUCCCUAACUUUCAAGCUUUCUUUGGAGUUCCCGUCAAACUACCCCAUGGCGCCACCCACCGUGCUCUUCACCACCCCAAUGUUCCACCCCAAUGUGGAUAUGUCCGGCAGGAUCUGUUUGGAUAUCUUGAAGGAUAAGUGGAGCGCUGUGUAUAACGUUCAGAGUAUCCUUUUGAGCUUGCAGAGUUUGUUGGGGGAACCUAAUAAUAAGAGCCCGUUAAACGGCCAGGCAGCUGAGCUCUGGGAUAAAGAUCCAAAGGAGUACAAGCGUCUGCUCAUGCUCCGUCAUAAAGAAGCGGAAGAUUAAUUCAUGGGGGUGGAAGGGUUUCUUUUCUGUUUUAGAGACAAAAAGGCAGCAUUGUUUGGGCGUUAGGUAAACUUUAAUUGGCUUGGUAUGCUAGGUGGAAAUCGGACGGAAACGAGGUUAGUGUACGGUACACCACCGUCGUGGCAGUUGGCUCAUGCUAAAUGGCUCAACUUAUGUCUAUUAUUGAAUCUGUUUUUUUGCCAUUACUUAUUCCCCACAAUCGCAUGACUUCCCAUUC